GUAUAAAUUUGCGUAUCAAUAUAAUGUAACAUACUUUUUUUAUUAUUUCAGAAGCCAGUCAGAUUCAAAACAGAACGAUGCUUCUAAUCAAGUCACCACGUUUACUCCCUUACUAUACAACUUCCGAGUUAUGCCACAAAUUGGAAGUGACCAAGCAUAUGCACUUCAACAACCUUUUGCCACAUUAUUCGAUAAUCUGAUCACGGUAUUAUGGGUUGUGUAUAACAAGAAAUCAACUCUUAAAAUUGGUAAGAUUUAUUUCUGUGAUCUGUAAACAUAUUCAAAUUAUAUAUUUCUUUUUCCAGGUAUUAAUCAACUGCAAUGGGCAUUAGAGUUCAUGAGAUCUAUGAAAGUAGAAUAUGGUUAUCCAGAAUGUAUAGGAAAAAUUGUCAGCGAGUUUGAAGAUCAACUUAUAAUGUUAUAUUCCAUGGUAGGCAAAAAGAUUGAUGAAAAUAAUCAAAAAAAUGAAGUCGAAAUUAGCGAAAAAAAUGUCAAUGAUAAAAGUUCAAAAAGUAAGUACCUACUUGUAAAAUGUAUUUGUUCAAAUUUUUUGAACUAACAUUUUUACCUGUUAGAAGUAAUAUUAACGUAUACAGAAUGUCCCAUGAAGAUAUAUACCGAUUUUAAUAUAUCCGGAGAUAAUAAAGAUAAUCAAAUUCUGUUUUUUUAUAUUUCUCACAGGGAUAAGGUACCCAAAAUUAACAAAUCUACAAGGUAUUUCGACUAAUUUGUAAUGUUUUUUCGAGUUUAUUCUUCUGAACAUUUUGACGUAUCAAUUUUUUAUUUUUAUUAAAUUCGUAAUUUUUGAAGUUACGAAAAAAAAAAACUAUAUAGUUAAUUAAACAUAAUAAUAAUUAAUUAGAGAAUACGAUUACAGCUUGCAGCAUAUUAUAAUUAUAAGUACUUUUUACUGAACUUAAAAAGUUAUUAAAAAUUACGAAUUUAAUGAAAAUAAAAAGUUCAUAUGUUAAAAUUAUGAGAAAAGUGAACUCUAUAAAAAGGUUGUAUUCAAAUUUUUCGAAAAUAAUAAAAUAAAGUUAUUUUUUUUUUUAAUAUUUUUACCAAAAUAUAAAAAAUGAAUUAAAAUAUUAAUAUAUUUAGUCCUUAUACUUGUGAGUAAUACAUAAAAAAAAAACAGAAUUUUAUUAUCUUUAUUAUCUCAGGAAAUAUUGCAAUAGGUAUAUCUUCAUGGAACAUUCUGUGUAAAAAUAUAAGCAUAUCUGUUAAAAAUUGUAAACAUGAUUAGAUUUGGAUCGUAACGAGGGGUUUAUUAGUUUUACUAAGAUGUGUUUUUUUUCUGUCUAAACAACUUUUCUAUCAGAAAACUUGCCCCGAACAAUAAACUAUAGAAUCUUUUCUGAAAGGUAAUUUUCACUCGCUGGUGCAUCGAGUUGGUCAUUUUUUGAUUUUUUGAGGGGUUUUCGAAAUAAUUAAAAUAAAACCCGAAAGAAAAUUAUAGAUAAAACUUUAAAUAUUUGCGGCGCGUCGUGGCGUUUCUGUUUUCAUUGAUUUCAUUGUGUUAUACUUAAGUUUUCUACCAGAAAUAUUACUUCAAUAGAAAAGUUAAUAAUAUCGAUUUCAUUUCUUAUAAUAUUUCACCACUAGCGGAAAAAAUUAUUUUCUUAUAUCUAAAGUAUUUUUCAUAAUAAUUGGGAAAAACCAAAAGACGCGAAAUAUACAAUUUUUUUCAAAUUAUGGCACGAAGAUUUUAUUUAAAUUUGUAUGGCUUAUGUUUUCUACCAUAAAUAUCGUUCUAAUAAAAAACAUCAAUUAAUAUUUUUUGUUGAAUUUUUAAUGUAACCAAGAGAGUCGUUUUUUGAUUUUCUUCGUAUUUAUUUUUAUAAUUGAGCAAAACCGAAAAGAAAUGCAGAAAGUAAGGAAAAAUGUACAAAAAUAAUUGUUUAAUUUUAUAUUUUUAUGUAACUUAUGUUAUAACAUAAUCAUAGAGACUUGAAAUUUUGACAAAAAACAUAAAUUUGCUUUUUCUAGACGUGGUAAAAUAUUCAAAACAAAUUAAACUAUUUUUGAGCUAUUUAUAGACAUUUUAAUUUUACGAGUUUUAUAGGUAAUUUUUAUUCGGUAGGUACUGUGUAGUAAAUUGAUUAGACUGAAAAGAAAUACCAAACGAAGAAAAAAACCAAACAGCGCUUUGUAUCGCUUUUCGUUAGCGACGGUUUAUCUUUAUGUACAAAUAUAAAUUAUAACUUUAUGUAUCCCGCUUUUCCCACAACCCAUCUAUAACAGUGGCCACACCCGUCCCCAGUAUCAGCUAUUUUUUUUCUUUUUAUUAUAUUUUUAUAUUUUAAUAUCAUAAAAAUACAAUUACUCGUCAGGCAUUAUAAUAUAGUUAAAUAUUUGGAUUCAUUUAUAGGCUUUGGAAUUGAAAACGCUCCCGUGAAUGGUUAUAUGUCAUACAACGAAGAGGAUAUCAUGAAUAAAUUAGAUACAAUAAAAAUUGUAAUAGAUCCGGUCACUCGGAAAUCGAAAUAUUUAAAUGAGUUAAAUUCACUAGGGAAAAGAAAAGAAAGGCCAGAUCGGUGUGCCGCAGAACAAAAAUCAUCCAAAAGUAAUACAAUUUAUUUAUAGAUUAAUAUGUCUAAGAAGAAAAAUAAUUAAAGAAGAUAACUGUUUAUAACUUUAUAUUACUUAAUAUUAAUAAAUUAUCUGGUAUAUUUAAUUUAGAUUCUAUGAUUGAUGCCUUGGAAAAACUAUUGAAGAAAACAACAUACGCAGACACAAAAACCGGAGUUAAAGAGUAAUAGAAUAUUAUAAAAGUAAUAUGUAAAUUUACAGCAAUUUUAUCCUAUUUGUAAUUUAAUUUUCAGAUUAAUUAAAGAACUAAAAGUGGAAGGCCCUCCAGCGAAAUGACACCUUAACACAUCGAAUAAAAUCACUUAAUAAAAAAUUAGUCCAAUCAAACACGAUUUUGCUACUUCGUUUUCCCAGAAUCCACAAAAAUCUUAAGUUAAGUUCUACGGUAUCCUAAAUUUUUAAAAUAAUUCUAUUAAUAUAUACCGCAUUUUUUGCUGGAAUCGCAUAACUUCCGUACCCGUUUACCAGAAAACCGUAAUAGACUUUUCGCACAGAAAUCAAAAGGUUUUAGAAUUGGCUACUGAAUGAGUCCUGACAAAUGAAGGUCGAAAAAGUGAAAUAUUUGAGAACUUGGGAUUUUAAAUAUUUACCCCUAUGCGAUUUCAGCUAAAAUGAUCUACAUGUUAAAUUUUACAUUCGGUUAAAUUUUCAAAAAAGUUCUAUCAACAUAAAGAAAAAUAUACUGUAUCUGACCAAAGAAGCGCAGAGGUAGCAAUGUUGGUUUGGAUAAAAUACUAGGCGAUAUUCCAUAAGUCAUAAAUAUCAAAACUAUUAAUUAUAAAGUAUAAGGGGUGUUGUAAAUUUAUAAAUGUGCAAGAGAUGUUUGCGAGACAAAGUGGGACAUAACUUGGCAUAAAUAGGCAAUCGAAACGAAGCAAUCGACAAUAAGAAAUACACGAUGAUUUGAAAAAAAAAAAAAUAAUGCCAGUAAAAUAUAAUAAGGUACCGAUGUUUUCUACCAGAAAUCUUGCUUCAAAAAUCGAAAAAUGACAAAAGUUCGAAUUUCUUCCUUUUAAUAUCUAACCACUGACGGAG